UUUGGAAUUGGCCUCUCUGCCGCCAUCUUCGCCGCCUCCUUUACCUUCAGGACUCUCCCAAACAAGAUUUCUUAUGCGGAUCGCCCACAGAUGCUAAAAGCUGCAAAGGAGCUGGCCGAAGCCCUAGGACAAGAUGCGGUCAGCUUCGAUGAAGACGUGAUCGAGCAUCAUGGCCAUUCGGAGUGGUCGACGAGCAACACUGCAGUGCGCCCCGUGGCCGUGGUGUAUCCCAAGAGCACGAACGACGUGGUGACAAUUGCUCAGAUGUGCAACAAGUACAAAGUGCCCAUCGUACCUUUCGGCGCCGGGUCCAGCGUGGAAGGCAACUUUUCCUCGCCACAUUCAGGCAUCUGUGUGGAUUUCAGUCUGAUGGAUCAGGUCAUUGCCUUUAGACCCGAAGACAUGGACGUCACUGUACAGCCUGGUGUCAAUUGGGUCGAUCUCAACAACCAAAUCGCUGCAAGUGGCCUCUUCUUGCCUCUGGAUCCUUCGCCUACUGCGCAGAUCGGAGGCAUGGUGUCCACCAACUGCUCCGGCACGAACGCGAUGCGUUACGGUACGAUGAAAGACUGGGUCGUCAAUCUCACAGUCGUUCUUGCGGAUGGGACCAUCAUUAAGACCAGACGAAGGCCGAGGAAGACUUCGGCAGGCUAUAAUCUCACUUCUCUCUUCGUCGGCGCCGAGGGCACGCUGGGGCUGGUGACUGAGGUCACGCUGAAGCUUGCUCCCAUUCCGGAAGAUACAAGUGUAGCCAUUGUGAGCUUUCCCACGAUCAAAGAGGCUGCAACAGCGGCAUCCAGUAUUAUCAGGUCUGGUAUUCAACUUGCGGCACUCGAACUGAUGGACGAUCUACAAAUGCAAAUUGUGAACAGACAUGGCAGCGCAUCUGUCAAGAAGAGAAAGUGGCUGGAGGAACCGACUCUCUUUCUGAAAUUUUCCGGUACCACAGAUGCCAUCAAGAGCGAUAUCAAGCGAGUCUCGCAACUCAUGAAACCACACAACCCGCGAGACUUUAUCUUCGCCAAAACCCCCCUCGAAAAAACCUCCCUCUGGGCCGCCCGCAAAGAAGCCCUCUUCACCAUGCUCAACACCCGGCCCCCAGGAACCGAAAUCUGGUCCACAGACGUCGCCGUCCCCCUCUCCCAGCUCGCAAACCUCAUUACACUAACCAAACAAGACUGCUCGCAACUAAACCUCUUCGCAUCCAUUAUAGGCCACGUCGGGGACGCGAAUUUCCACACAGCGAUUCUCUACGAUCCGCGCGAUGCGGAGCAAACGGCUGCGGUGGGCAAAGUCGUCAAGCAGAUGAUGCGGCGCGCGUUGGAGAUGGAGGGGACGGUAAGUGGGGAACAUGCGAUUGGGAUUGGGAAGAAAGAAGGGUUGGAAGAGGAAGUUGGAGGGGAAGUGGUGGAUGUGAUGAGGAGGGUGAAGAGGGCGGUGGAUGGGAAGGGGAUUAUGAAUCCGGGGAAGGUGUUUGAUUUAUCGUGAAGAAGCUGUAUAUAUGUAGUACAUACCUGAGAGUGAGGUAAGUACUGUAUAGUGCCUUUCGAGAGCAUGAUAGUAGAAGAGGAUGCAUGCUGCUGGGGCUUGCUUAUGGUAGUGAGGCGCUGAGACGGGGUGAGUGCGUUUCAAUGGAGAUGUGAAAAAAGAACAUAUGAUAUCAUAUUGUAUCUAUACAAUCAGUCUAAAUGUGU